AUGAUGAAAAGGAAUGGUAAUCCGUCUCAAAGACCAACACCAGGCUGCAUCCCUGUACCGCUAUUCAACCAGAAGAAAAGAAAUCGAAUUCCUUUGAUGUCGACUCCUUUUAAGAAUGAUUUUUCUCAUUCCGAGUUCAUGCCAAGUACCAGUUCAACUGCUCCCUAUGGUGCUUCAGGUGGGUCUUACCAGGCCAUUGGUUCCUCUUCUGAAGCUCAUCCAGGUCACCAAUGGAACAAACAGGACACCGCGCAACCUACUCAAUCCCAACAUUAUGGCAACUAUAGACCUGCACCAACAAUGAGAUCUUACGCACCUGUAGCACAUCCAUACAAAGCGGAAAGUACAAACUCCAAGAUGGUAACAUCCAGCAAUCCAUCCAGACAACAGCAACCCAUGUCAAUUUUUACUAUGAAACAGAAACAAUAUCAAACACCUUCCAGCAGUCAGAGCGUACCAAGCAAGCAGACACCUCAUAGUGGAUUCUCUCAGAAAGGCCAACAACCAUCAUACAGGCCGGUCGAUUCCACACAGUUCAGAUGUCUGCCUCCUCCCGUCCAACCACCUACUGUGCCAGCUGCUCAGACACAAAACAAAUGGAAUUUUACAAAUAGUUUUGGAUCGCAGAAGCCCACAUUUUCAAGCAAAAGGAGUGCAAAUAAACCCCAAAAUCCACAAGAAAUUCGAACGAUGGAACGUGCCCCCAAAAAAGCACCAUUUGACUACACACUCAGGAUCUUGACUGCAGUCAUUGAAGGGAUGAGACACUGGAGUCAGUUUAAAGACAAAGUGACCUAUUUUUUCGAGAUAUUUGCCUCUUUGGACUCUGCUGUCACUUUGGGUCCACACGGAUCAAAGAACUUCCUGUUGAGAGAUGGCAAGGAAGUUCUACAGUGUGUUUUCUAUGAAAAUGAGCAAGAACUGCCGCGUCUUAUCCGUGGCCAAGUUCACCGCUGUGUCGGGAACUAUGACAAGCGCAGAGAUAUCCUGGUGUGCGUGUCAGUUCGAGCAGCCACGCUCACGGAGGCCAAGGACGCUCAAGAGGCCAUCAAAGCCUCUGACAGUUACAUGCGUAAACUCGUCAAAUGCCUACAUGAAGUUUGA